CGUUUUUGGCGUCCAAUCAAGGUCUCGCCCAGGGCCCAGAACGCCGCAACCUCCCGUAGCGCUUCGACCCCGAGCUGAACACUAGGUUACGGAGACCGUUGGAGAGUCUCCCAGUCCUCCAGCAAUUGUGUCUGGUUUCUCCCAGAAUACAAACUUCAAUCAUGGCAGAUACAUGCAAGGACCGCAGCAUCAUCAGCAACGCCACCGCCCUUGCUCUCGCCCCAACGGACAAGCGGGACCGGGAGAAUCGCAUGUUCGAAGAUUCGCUUAAGAAAAUAACCGCCCUCAGGGGUUACAAUGCUAUCUUUGGGGUCGAAUACACCGACGGCCAUGCGAUCGUCCGGGUGGCGCUUGCAGGGAGCGUCGCCUUUGGAGACGAGAAGGUCCGGAAUGAGGUGGCAACCAUGCGGUACGUCGAGAAGAUGACUUCGGUUCCAGUGCCGCACAUCUACCAUUGGGGCACCGCUGCGGAGAACCCUUUUGGGCUCGUCGAGAACAGCCAUCGGCAGUAUUUGGACCCCAACGCUUCCCGGGAAAAGCUCGAACGAAUAUCCUUCAUCGUCGGCAGCCGCCCACUCACCAAAAAUAUGAACGACCUCGUAACCAUGGGCGGAAUCCCACCCUCCAUCCUCCCUCCGGAAGACGCCACGUAUUCGACCUCGGACGAGUGGUAUGCUGUCCUCGCCGACCUCCACGUCGCCCACUUGGCCUUCCAGCACAACAACGCAAUCGACUCGGCUGACGAUUGCCGCGACAAACUCGUCGCCCAACACCUCUUCCGGCAGCAGAUCCGCCAAGGGAAGCUCCUGGCGGCGCAGACACCCCGGGAAUCAUCCGCAAAAAAUGAACAGGUGAGGCGGAAGCAGCGGGAGAAGGAGACAUUCCGUCUCCAAAUCGACGAUUUCCGGCCGCACAACAUCCUUAUCAACGCCGACCUCAACGUCGUAGGCGUCAUCGACUGGGAGUGGGCCUACUUCGUCCCAGCCUCCUUCUCCCAGGCUCCGCCGUGGUGGUUGCUGCUUACAGCGCCCGAAUUCUGGCGCGGUACCUUCCUGGACUUCUGGGACCAGUUCGUGGGCGCGCUUGAAAUUUUCCUCAGGGCACUACGCGCCAUAGAGGACGCCGCGCCGCGAGAAAAUGAGGAGGAGGAGGAGGAGGAGGAGGAGGAGGAGGAGAAGGACGCCGCUGACACUGUUCGAUUGCCGGACCCCAUGAGACGGAGCUGGGAGACGGGGGAUUUCUGGGCCAUCCCUGCGGCUCGUCGGUGCUAUGGGUUUGAGCCCGUGUUUUGGGAGUUCCUAGAUGAGCGCUUCUUUGGAGAGAAUGUCGCCGGCGAUUAUGAAGGGAGAAUGCACGUACUGUCAGAGAAAGUGAAGAGGCGGAUGGAGCUGUUCGUCGAGCGGAAAGUGGAGGAGAGCAAGGAGGAAAAGAUCGUAGAUUGGGACCCGGACGAGGCCAAGUCCUAUCUGGCCGAGAUCCUCACUGAUCUCAGCUAGAUAAAGUAGAGGAUGAGGCAAAUGCCAAACAGCAUGCUAUUUACCGACCUUGAGGAGUCACGGCCGAGCCACGGCUUAUAGCUGCGGCCUAUGGGACUUAUUAUGGCUUUGAGGUAUGGGUUGCUUGUGAACAGAAUUGUGAACUCGGGUGCGGUGUAUGGAUGAGCAGGACGUGGCUGAUCAAGGUUGAGACGCUGAGUGUGCGGGAAAGGUGAACGGCUAUGUUUCCAGGUUGGGUUACAUGAAGUUGAGAAGUUCAGUCAAGUGCUGCCGGCCGUGAGGCUCGUAAGAGUGGCGCGGAGGAUAGACGAUCAGAAGUCGAGCCUAAAUUGGGCGAGGAGCUGGAGUGGUUGCCGCUGCAGAUGAAGAUCCGAAAGUGCUCAUGCGGCAACGAGCUUCCCUGGCGCAUGGGCAGACCAACCUUUCUUGAGCUUUUCGAACGGCGCGACAGAGGCAAUACUGAGAAAUG